AUGAAAUUGUUAGAAUUUAUUUAUCAGACGACCGUGUUAAUGAUAUUCAUCAGCAAACAAGCUCAAUCUACACAAUAUGUGCCGGAAACAGAGUUUCUAAUUAAUUUGGUAAGUUACGUUGACAAUAUAAAAACUUUGGAAUCCUUUAGUAGAUUUAAUCCUGAAAAUUCAAAUAAACAACCUUCCACAGUCAUAGAGUCCGUAAUCAAACAUAAGAACAAAAUGAACAAAUAUCUUCACAAUGCAAUAAAUGACAAAAUGAACGAUCUUGAUUGUACAUAUGCGCACUACGCCAAAUUUCAUUUGGACAUUAUACACAUGAUUUUAGAUCUCGGUUUGUUCUCUGCAUUAAAGUUUGAAGUAGUGGAAAAACUAAAAUCGUUGUAUUUAAAUGUAGCGAUGAGAGCGUUUUUUACCUUCUUCAACUUCAACUUUGAACCACCCGAAUGGAUGUGGACAUUUAUCAAUUUUUUGGAAACAGAAUAUUACUCGAAAAAAUUUCAUAAGAGAUUGUCUGACAUAAUGAUUAUUUUAACACAAGUUACAACUAGAACCGUAUGUAGUCGGACUAAAAUAUCAUGGUUUAGAUUUUUAUAUGACUCUUCGCUGAUGCCGUCAAAACGUAAUUUUAAAGCAAUGGAUUUGAAAGAAUUACACGAGGAAAUAUUAUAUUUAAAUAGGCUUUAUAUUUGGUGUUCCACUAAUAAUUCCAGCCAUCGUGUAAACCAUCAUGAUACGGAAAUUUUUUUGACUCCAGAGAAGAUUCAAAAUGAUACUAUUAAAAUGUCUAAAAUCUAU